AAGAACCCCCCCGGCACUCCCGGUGGGGAUGGAGGAGGGGGCACCAGGUGCCCUGCCGCAGCCGAGGUCCUCUUCCUUCUCGACCCCCUCGGUGCAGCCGGCCCGGGGGUUUUCAGGCCCUGCUGAGCCCUGUGGUCCCAGGACCGGAGGGGACAGCAGCCAGCUGUGGUACCAGGGCGUCCUGCUGUCCUUUCCCCCCGGCUCCACACCCGCCCCGAGCGUGGACUGCCAGCACACCGCUGCCUACCCCAGCCCAAGCGGGCACUACGUGGCCCACGGUCAAAACCACCGGCCCAACGGCAGCAGCGCAAACCCCGAGUCGGGCUCCUCACGCCUGGCCUCGCGCGGGCUGAUGGCUCCAGAUGCUCCACAACCGCUUUUCCCCGAGAGCGUGAGUGGCCCACGGCUGGAUGCUGGUCACCAGGAGGGCUCCGGCAUGACGAAAGUGAAGCUGCCCUGCCAGACCCUCCUUCCGCAGCCAGAGCAAGGGCCGUCGGCGGCUGAGCUGAAGCUGGAGGCACUGACCCAGCGCCUGGAGCAGGAGAUGGAUGCUCGGCCGAAGGCCGAUUACUUCGGGACCUGUGUGAAGUGCAGCAAGGGGGUGUAUGGAGCAAACCAGGCUUGCCAGGCCAUGGGCAACCUCUACCAUGACGGCUGCUUCACCUGCGGAGCCUGCAGUCGAAAGCUGAGAGGAAAAGCCUUUUAUUUUGUCAAUGGCAAGGUCUUCUGUGAAGAAGAUUUCCUGUAUUCUGGUUUCCAGCAGUCAGCUGACAGGUGUUUCAUUUGUGGUCAUUUGAUAAUGGACAUGAUCCUGCAGGCUCUAGGGAAAUCAUACCAUCCAGGCUGCUUCCGAUGUGUGGUCUGCAACGAGUGUCUGGACGGUGUGCCAUUCACUGUAGACUCUGAAAACAAAAUCUACUGUGUCAGAGAUUACCACAAAGUUUUAGCUCCAAAGUGCGCAGCAUGUGGACUUCCCAUCCUUCCCUCUGAGGGGUCUGAUGAGACCAUUCGGGUUGUGUCCAUGGACAAGGAUUACCAUGUAGAAUGUUAUCACUGUGAGGACUGUGGGAUGGAACUCAAUGAUGAAGAUGGGCAUCGCUGUUACCCACUAGACGAACAUUUGCUUUGUCACUCCUGUCAUCUGAAACACAUAGAGAACGGCACAACCCCAGCAACUGUGUACCAGCACCACUACUAGCCAGCGUGGCUGACAUCGGAAAGCUGGGACAGACGACUUGUUACAUGAUCUCCCUCUCCCCACACUCAGUUGAUUUCCUGUGCAUGUUUUUCGCCAGUCGGCAAUGUUCCUGUAAAAGGAUAUGAGAGAUUUUUUCUGGAUUCCCAGAGUUUGUAUGCUUGUGAGUUCCAGCUGUAUCAAACCACGUCUACUUGACCAAGAAUGUGGCAUGUUAUGUAAACUGAUUGGUUUACUUUUAUGUGCCUUUUUCUGCUGUCCGGAGAUUCCUCUUGGCUCAUUUUGGAAGAUUCUUCAGUGAAAGCACAAUUUGCUGUCAUACCUACGAACUCAGAUCAUGCCAUGCACAAUUAAAAAGCCAGAGGCUGGCUUGCCUGUCUGCCGGGCACAUCCCGUCAGUCUAUUAAGUGUUUCCUGACAAGCACAUUUCAUCGGAUUCCCUGAAGGACAUCAGUCUAUUAAUACCAGUUUUUAGACACUCUCUCUCUCUCUUUAUUAAUUCUUUAGAAAAAGAAAAGAAAGAGGUCUGUGCAAAAUGGUGCACUCAGACCUUUCAGUUAAUUCCCCGAACUCUGGUAUCAAGUCUGGCUGUAAAAGCACCAGCUCUCCGACCACAAACCAGGCAUGCUGGCUGGCAGCCGGAGGCUGAUAUCCCAUUUCAAACAGAACGAAAAACUGGAACAAGCUAGGCUAAACUACCCUGAUGACUUGGGGCCUGGGCUUGCGUGUCAGCAUGAUACGCAGGGGCCAGUCUGCUGUGUCAGAGUCUGAAUAGCGGAUCAUAUUUGGAAAGGAAAGGUCGGGAUGCUGAAAGUGUGGACAUGGGGAAAUCCAUCCUCAUUCUUGCUUGCAGAGCUUGCUGUGGAAAAGAGCUCUCUGUACACAGAAACUCGCCUGAGUUUUCCAGUUUGUCCCCAGAGCUCAACCCCCAGCCUGGCCACUCCUUUCCAUGGUGUUUACCCAGCACAAAGCCAUUUCAUAACGGUGCUUAUUUAGAGCUCUGGGAACAAACUUGAGAUCGUUAUGAAGGCUUUGUUACACAGGGAUUUAGAGUCCAGCUCCGCAACCUGUACUCUGAUGAGUGUGUUGGUAUAAACAGAUUUGCUCCCAUGAAUAAUAACAGCUUAUCUGAGCAAGGCGUUAGAGAGUUUGGGCCUUACUUUCUGUACUGCUGAGAAAGCAGAAAGGCAAUUCGUUUCUCUUUUUGACUCCCCCGCUUUAUAGUCAAAGAAAUUUGCUUCCCUAAUAUGCAUUACAUAGAUGAUAGGUGUGCCUGCAGUGCAUGUUCUGUAGGUACCAAAGCUGUGCAGCCCCUUGUGUACAGGUACAAAGUUUUUGUUUCAAAAAACACUCUUAAUUUAAAGCCUCAGAUGCAGCUGGGGACCUUAGCUACCCUUUCCAACAUACUGUGUGGAAAACUAGUUAAAUCCUCAUGUAUCUAUGCUGAAGAUGUUGUUUAGUUCUGAUUGAUAGAGGAUGGGAUAACAUUCUUGAAGAUCGUUUUAGUGAAGAAACUACAAUAAAUUAGCUGAGCAGUGGUGCUGGGACUCCCAAAAUGAGCCCUUGCUGAGAACCCACUAUGGUUCAACCAAACCUCUUUUCCAGCAGCAUGGAUGUAGCUAGAUAGGUGCUUGAAAUUCACACCACGUAGUCAGACUGCCUGGUGUACCCACCCGAAGCAGCACAAGUGCUGCGUAGCAGCAAGCUGCCUGUCUCUGCCCAUGCUAAUAAAUACCACGGGCCUCCAUUUUGAGAGGUGCAAGUUGCUGUGCUAAGUAUUAAACAGAGGCACAGGCAUCUGCCGUAAAACAAAUGGAGACCAGUGGCCUGUUAGCACCCUCCUACACAUCUGUUACCAGCUUGCCUCAGCUGAAAUGGGGGUGUCUGAAACUGCCCAAGCCUCAGGAGUUCGGUGGUUUUGGCAGGGAGUUUCAUAAGGCCAACAGACCAUCCAGCCUCCUGCCCCAUCCAGCUGUAAGCGCCUCCACCUGUUGCUGCUGUUCUUUGGGACGGAGAUGGCAGCGCGUGGCUGGAGGGUGGUCCUGUGCUGGAAACCAUCCAGAGCUCCAGCUUUGAUGGAGCUUGGCUCUGUGGCACAUUUCCUGGGGACGUACAGCCCCUGGGGCAGCCAGAAGCUUGUGUGGCAGUAUGCAUCAGUAGCCCCCUAAGACAAGAUGAAGGAUGGGAAGAAACUGUCCCCAUGUGAAAAUACAUGGCGUAGAGCCUCCGAAGGCACCGACCCUUGUCCCCGCGCAGCAGGUCUGCGGUGCAUGGCCAGACAGGGACCCGGGUGCUCACAUGCAGGCUGUGGCUUUCUGUAUCCAAAAGGCAAACCUAGAGCCUGGUUAACAAUACUGAAUGGUACUAAUUAUUUUGUUUAUGUUUCCUUCAAAGCUCAACUCCGGGAGAGAGUAUUUUAGGAUUUGUGCUGGUAUAACUAACCUUAGCCACCUGUGAACACAGCCCUCUUCUUCUGUGCUGUUAAAUAUUUAUGAAGAAUGAAGGCCAGCAGUGGGAGCAAAGCUGUUGGCCCGUUGUGAUUAAAGACAAUAUUG